AUUCCAUAGUAUGUGCGACAUUUUUUAUAUCCAUUCCUCUGUUGAUGGACAUUUACCUUGCUUCCAUGUCUUUGCUAUUGUAAGUAAUGCUGCAAUGAACAUUGGGGUGCAUGUAUGUUUUUAACUCAUACCCUUCCAUAUAGGUUGGAUAAUUUUUCCCCACAAACAUAAAUUGCUUUCAAAGUAAAAACAAAAACCUAAGAUGAAUUUUUGAUUUAUGUUCUGAGAGGCUUAAAAUCAAUAGCUCUGGGAUUGAGCUAGGAAUCUGUAGUGUUUUAAAAACAAAUAUCCCAGCUGAAUUGGUAGCAGCUUAUAGUUGUUUCACAUCCCUCCAGUUUCUUCCCCAUUUUGACACACUCUUGCCCCUGUUGCCUGGGUUACAUUCCUAGAAAAGAAAUCUAAUCAGGUACUCAAUAACUAUUUGUUGAAUGGAUGAACCCUUUUUUCUCUUUGCUUGCAGUUGACUCCCUGCUGUCUACAAGAAUCAAUACCAAACUUCUUAAUAAGACAUGUAAGACCCUUUAUAAUAUGACUGCAGCCCACAAUCUUUAAGCUUCCAUUCCUAUAAAUUUCUCCUAUAUCUACAUACUCUAUUCUAACCCACCAAACUACUGUCUCCUGUACAUAGCCGGCAUUCUUAUGCCCCAAAUCCUUGCUUAAGACUCCAUUCUUUGUCUGCGCUGUUAACUUUACCUGUCAUGCCCAUCACAAAUUUUCUCAGUUUGGAAAAUGUGCUCAUUCUUCAAGUUGCAGCUCAAAUUUAUUCUUUCCUGUGUAACUUUCUACAUCUUACCCAAACACAGUCAGGAGAACUGUCUCUAUCCUUCCAGUGCCUUUCAGUGAUGUAUACUUUUAUUAUUGCAUCCAUAGCAUUGUAUUGUAAUUAUUUAAUGUCUGUGUCCCUCCUAUGAGCUUCUCCAGGUCAGGACCCUAUCUUCUUUGUCUCCAUCACACAUAGCACCUAGUGGCAGUUUUGUCAGAUAAGUGCUCACUGUUUAUAGAAUAGUCAUUCAUUCAUUCAUUCUGCAAAUAUUUAACGAACCUUUCUGUAUGCUAGGCACUGUUCCAGGUGUUGUAGAUAUAGUGCUGAAAGAGACAGACCAAGUCCCAAGUCCUUUCUCUAUGGAGCUUGAAUUUUAAUGGGGAGAGCCUUAAGGUACAACGGUAAAUAAUUAAGAUAUUUUCUGAUAGUUAUAAAUUCUAUGAAGAUAAUACAACAGGAUAAUGGGAUAGAUAAUAUUAUAUGUUUUGUAUUUUUAAAAGGUAGUUCUGGCUUCUGUGAGUCGAAUGGAUUAUAGGACUAAGAAUGGGGAAGUAGGGAAGUCAGUUACAAGACUAUUGUAAUCUGGGCAAGAGAUGGUGGCGGUUUGGACUAAAGUGGUGGUGGAUUUGGCGAGAAGUGCUUUGAGAUUCAGGAUUUGCUUAGAAAGUGGAUCCAUUAUUGCUUUUUACUUGCCAACGUAUUAGAUGGGGGAUCAUAAAUAUUUUUUGGCUUGAGCAACUGGAUCUUCUGUGUGUAUGUGUGUGCACGUGUGUGUGUGUGCACGCACGUGCGUGUGUGUGUGUGUGUGUGAAAGAGAGAGGGAAUACAUGUUGGAGAGAGAUGGGGAAAGAGAUUGAGAAGGAUGAUAUUGAGAGUUUUGUUUGUACACAAUAAAAUUUGAGAUGCCUAUUUGAAGUGAAUAAAACAAGGUUACCUUUUGUCAAAUUUUUAUCAACUAUAUAGCAUGAACAAAACUUCAUUCUCCUUUGCUUAUUGUUCUCUGAUUUGUGAGAGCAGAGGUGAGCCAAGUAAGCAUAUUGACAAUUAAAAAUCAGUUUGCUGAGGCAUUCAAGUUGCUAGAGUUUACCCAGGUUUUUCUCAUAUCCUACCCUUUGCAAAUGUUAUAUGAAGUCACGAUGUCGUUUGCCCCUUGCCUUCCAUAUUCAAUUUACGAAAUAAUCUGACUCCUACAACUGGCCUUUAACAAGGCCUGUAUAGGUCUGUGAAGGUUAAUAACAGCUGUGGAUAGAAUUGGCUUGAAAAGGUUAACUAGUGUGUGGCAGGAAAAAUAGCUGAGUUGGCAGGGACAAAUAUGGGUAUUAGUUUCCCCAGUAUAGAUGAGAAUUUGCUGGCAGCAAAAUAUUCUUAGAAGUAAGACACUGCUAAACACUAAGGAUGAUUGUUCUGUAUUGGGCUUGGCCUUAUUUGAAACAUUAGACUCUAAAAUUUGGAUACUAGCCCAGUGAGGCCACUGGCAAAAACUACUAGCACAGACUCAGGAUUUUUACAUUUCUGGAACUUGAGGCUAUAUUCUAGGAGACUGCUGACAAGGAGGGGCUGGCCACAGAGAUCUGAUUUUUCUACCACAGAAAAUAACUGCUUUUUGAAACAUCCUUAAAAGGAAAGGGUUUAUUUACUAUAAUCCCUUCAGGAAGGGGUUAAAUUUGGCUUAGAUAAGCAAUGGGUUUGGAUGGAGUUGUUAUAAUUUGUGUCCAAAAAAAUCAGAAAAGAGUUUUUCAAAGCCAUCUUUUCAAAAGAUUCUGUUCAGCAGUUGGCUCUGUAAUUGGGAUGCUAGAGGCUUUGAUGUUCUCUCUUUGGCUGCUGGUAUUGUAUCCGUGAAUUAAUUGCCAGUUUACAACAGUUUGUAGUUAAGACCCUGAAAUUAGAAUUUUUAUUCCAAGUGAUUUACUUUCAGAUUGAUUAGUAGCAGACACAAAGAAUUCAUUGUUUCUAAUCCAUAAGGAAGAGUACACUAUGCAAAUUUGUGGGAAGAAUUUCAGAGCAGGCAUUAAAAAUAGUAAAUUAUAUUAAUAAGCAAAGCCUCUUCAACUCCACCCUGUUGACUUUUGGGGUGUAGCUGAUAAACAACUACUCAUGGUUUUUUUUUCCUCUUGGACCAAAACACAUGGAUCCAGCAGGAUUAACAUUCGGCUGUUUUAUGAGUACUUUUUCAAAAUUUUCUUACUAGCCCCUAACUCAGACUCACUUGGAUUUCAAAUGUGAACAACAGAGUCUAAUGGAAUUCACUGUUUGUGUUCUUUUAAACAAAUGGUUGUUAUGGACAUCUGGUUACAGUUAAUAAAGUUCUGUGUGUAUGUGUGUAAUAUGUCUCCAGUUUUAAGGUUCAUUUCAUUGCCAGAUUAAGAUCUUCUUAGUGCACUGGGUUCUAGAAAAUGAUUUGUUAAUGACACAUUUUAAGAGCAUGAUCAAAUGCAGAGUGAAUUUUUCUUUUUCUUUUCUUCUCAUUUACCAAGCAAAAGAUGACUGAUGUUUCCCCACUCUUCAAGACUUCACAGGACAAUAACAAUGAAGCAGUGUUUUUUAUUACACUGGAAGAUGGGGAAAAGGAUUUUAGGAGUUGAUGAGGACCUAGUUAUUUUAUACAGCUAUUUCUGGGAGGGGCGAGUAGUAUACUUUUGAUAUUGUGGACAUCAUUGUUCUUCAUUUUGUUUGUUUGUGUUCUGGACAUUGCUAGUUGUCUAGUAUCCUGUUUCUCUCUCCCCUGCAAAACAUGCCACUGCUGUUCUCUGAGUCAUUGUGCCAACCAAAAUCAUCUCCAUACCUUUCCAGAUGUGCCCUGGGAGUAAUACUGCCUUGAGAUUGAGAACUACUGAUCUACUUUAAAUCCCUCACAUUUCAGAGGAGGAGACUGAGGGCCAGAGAGAUAUGCUCAAGAUUAUUCCUCUGCUGUUCAGAAAUUUUCACAGACGUUGCAAUCCUUUCAGUUUGAUUUCAUUGGAGACACUCUGACUGAUGACGAGAUUAACAUUGCUGAAUCCUUCAAGGAAUUUGCCGAAUUGCUCAACGAAGUAGAAAAUGAGAGGAUGAUGAUGGUACACAAUGCUAGUGAUUUGCUGAUCAAACCCCUGGAAAAUUUCCGGAAGGAACAGAUAGGCUUCACAAAGGAGCGGAAAAAGAAAUUUGAAAAGGAUGGUGAGAGAUUUUAUUCCUUGCUGGAUCGGCAUUUACAUCUAUCUUCCAAAAAGAAAGAAUCCCAGUUACAAGAGGCAGACCUCCAGGUGGACAAGGAGAGGCACAAUUUCUUUGAGUCCUCCCUUGAUUAUGUUUAUCAAAUCCAGGAAGUUCAGGAGUCUAAGAAGUUCAAUAUUGUGGAGCCAGUCUUGGCCUUUCUUCAUAGCCUCUUCAUUUCCAACAGCUUGACUGUGGAGCUCACACAGGAUUUCCUCCCUUAUAAACAGCAGCUCCAGCUCAGUUUACAGAAUACAAGAAAUCAUUUCUCCAGUACCCGAGAAGAGAUGGAAGAACUUAAGAAAAGGAUGAAAGAAGCUCCUCAGACAUGCAAACUUCCAGGACAGCCAACCAUCGAAGGCUAUCUCUAUACCCAAGAGAAAUGGGCUUUGGGAAUAUCCUGGGUGAAAUACUACUGCCAAUAUGAGAAGGAGACCAAAACACUCACUAUGAUGCCUAUGGAACAGAAGCCAGGUGCUAAGCAGCAGGGGCCCUUGGAUUUAACCCUGAAGUACUGUGUGAGAAGGAAGACCGAGUCUAUUGACAAGAGAUUCUGUUUUGAUAUAGAAACCAAUGAAAGACCGGGCACCAUCACUCUGCAGGCCCUUUCGGAAGCUAACAGAAGACUAUGGAUGGAGGCCAUGGAUGGGAAAGAACCUAUCUACCACAGUCCCAUAACAAAACAGGAGGAAAUGGAGCUGAAUGAAGUGGGGUUCAAGUUUGUUAGGAAAUGCAUCAAUGUCAUUGAGAGCAAAGGGAUCAAGACAGAAGGAUUGUACCGUACUGUGGGCAGCAAUAUUCAAGUUCAGAAGCUGCUGAAUGCCUUUUUUGAUCCUAAAUGCCCAGGAGAUGUUGAUUUUAAUAAUAGUGAUUGGGACAUUAAGACAGUCACCAGCUCCUUGAAAUUCUACCUCAGGAAUCUUUCUGAACCUGUCAUGACCUAUAGACUUCACAAAGAGCUGGUCUCUGCUGCCAAGUCUGACAACCUGGAUUAUCGGCUGGGAGCUAUUCACUCCCUGGUAUAUAAGCUACCUGAAAAGAACCGAGAGAUGCUGGAAAUUCUUAUAAGACACUUGGUCAAUGUGUGUGAGCACAGUAAAGAGAAUCUUAUGACCCCCUCAAAUAUGGGGGUGAUCUUCGGGCCCACUCUGAUGAGAGCUCAGGAGGACACUGUGGCUGCCAUGAUGAACAUCAAAUUCCAGAACAUUGUGGUGGAAAUCCUAAUUGAGCACUUUGUCAAGAUCUAUUCAGGUCCACCUGAAGAAAGUACUGCACCUCCAGUGCCUCCGCCUCGAGUGACAGCAAGGAGGCACAAACCAAUCACAAUUUCAAAGCGCUUGCUGCGGGAAAGGACAGUUUUCUAUACUUCUUCCCUGGAUGAAAGUGAAGAUGAAAUCCAACAUAGAACACCCAAUGGUACCAUCAUCAGUAGUAUAGAACUGCCCAAGCCACUUCAAUACCCCAAAAUACCUAUGCAGAGAAGUGGGGAAGCUGAUUCUGGGAGGAAAUCCCCAAGCAGACCUGUUUCAGAGGGCAAGUUGGAGUCCUGCCUCGAGGUGGAUGUGGGGAAGUUGGUGUCUAGGCUACAGGAUGGAGGGACCAAGGCCUUACCAAAGGCAACCAAUGGACCUGUUCCAGGCACUGGGCCCACUAAGGCCCCAUCUUUCCACAUAAAGAGACCUGCUCCUCGGGCCAUGGCUCACCACAAGGAGGGAGACUCUGACAGUUUCAGCAAAGUGCGGCCUCCAGGAGAAAAGCCAACCAUCAUCCGCCCCCCAGUGAGGCCUCCAGACCCUCCCUGCCGGGCAGCUACUCCUCAGAAACCGGAACCAAAGCCAGACAUUGUGGCUGGCAAUGCAGGGGAAAUCCCUUCGUCCGUGGUGGCUUCCAGGACCAGGUUUUUUGAAACAGCAUCCCGGAAAACAGGAAGUUCUCAAGGCAGACUUCCUGGAGAUGAGAGUUGAGGCCUCAGGUUUUAAAAGCCUUGGCCUCAGGGGAUCCUUUCCAGGUUCUAGAAGGGUCUUCUUCAAACCCUUGUGUGCUGAAUCAUUUUGUACUGAAGAGCAGAUCUUUCCUGGCCCUGCACCUUCAGGCUCUGGGAUGCUAUAAAAUAAGGGACAUAUGUCCUAGACACAUGUUUAUUUCUCCUUUAUAGUUUGUCGUCAUUCCCUCAGAAGGUCUAUCUUGAGCUCCUGUAAGACUGUUAAUGGCUGAACUCCCUCAAGCCAAACUGCAGAAAACAAGCUGUCCACUGACCCGAGUUGAAGAGAGGAGCUCAGUUUUCAACUCUUCCUGCCUCCUCAAAAGGCCAUCUAGCUCUGAAAGAUUUGGGGCUAAAAGUUACUUGACUUGGGGCCAUUGUUUACCUUGGAAGUAGGGGAGUAGGAAGGAAUGUUUGCUGAACAUUGGAGAAUCUUAACAUGUCUCACUGAUGAUAUGGACCCUGGUGCCAGGAUGGAGCUCUGGCACUAUAAUAUCUUGCCAAGAACAUGUCUGCUCCUGUGGUGCCAGACAGAAUGAGUGAUGCCCCUACAACCCCUCCAUAUAGGCUCUGGAAGUCAUUUAGGACUAAUCUGCAAAGCAUGUUUUGUAUGUUAAAGCCUAGGUCUGUUAGUUAUUCUUCCUCCUGUUUUCUCCUGACAGCUUCAUUUGCAAGCAAUCAAGAAAGAAACAAAUCUGAAAAACAGUUAUUUUUACAAAGGCAGACUGCGUUUGUGCUAUAGGAGCUCCAUUUUGGGGUCAAAUGCUGGGAAAUUGUUAAGAUGGAUUGAGGCCAGGCAGUUUUCACUGUUGUUCCAUGUUUGCCUUCUGCUUAUAAGCUCUUUUAUAUUCUGAAAGAAACAGUUCUUAACCCAAUAUCUAUGGCUUCAGGAACUCCGAAAUGGUAUGCAGACUUCCACAACAAUGUGCCUUUUCUGGAAAGAUGGUCCGUAACAUUCUAGUGAAUUUCACAUUGGACCUGUGACAUAAUAAAGGUUAAGAACCAUAGCCCUUGAGAUAAAAGACUCUUUUUACAACGCAUCAAGUACUUGAUUAGAAAGGCCUUUAGAAUUAUUUAGUCUAAAUGCCUCGUUUAUCAUUGGGUAACCUGAGGCAGAGCAAGUUAGCAGCCAUGCCUAAACAAGAUCCCACAUCCCUGGGCUCCUUUUCAAGGUUCUUUCCAUUAUGUCAUACCUAUCUAGCAAGGGGCCUUAUGUUUGGUGGCUUUAGUGGUCAUCUUUUUGAGGGUUUGCAUUUUACCCUCUUUUUUGAGCCACACAUAUUUGCCACCAAAUGGGACUUCCAAACGUAAGCUCCUAGUCUUCUUCAUUUGCUACUUCAAUCAUUAGAAAUGAACCAAAACACAAUUGGCUUAGCAAGUCAGAAAUCUGAAGAGCAGACCUUUCUGAUUCCUGUUUGCUGAAGAGAAGCUACUGGAGAAAGUGUCAUUGUUUGUGUUUCCCUGCAGAUUCCUUGGCUUUAGGGUAGGUUUUUAGAUAGCCUGUCCUUAGGGUCUGUGUAAUUAUAAUGUGGUCCAGUGUGAGAGAAAGGGCUUUCUUAUUUGGACUCUUCUAGCAAGGCUCCACUUGUUCACUGACUAUAUAGUACACUGACUAUAGUACUGAGAAAGAAAUAAGACAUGGGGGAGGGGAGCGAUGAGAGAGGGAGAGGGAUAGGAAGAGGGACAUGGAUGAAGGGGAAGAGAGAAGAAAUACACACAUGCCCAAACCAACUCUGAGAUGCCUUUGCAACAGUGUUACUGAGAAGGCAAUAGUUACUUUUAAGACUGAAAUCUAAAUAUGGUUUAUUGGUGAGUUAGUAACACUUAAGCUAAACACACUGAGAGCCUUUGUGGAAGUAAUUGAAUAGAAAUUUGAUGAUAUUCUUAAAGAAGAUGUGCCCAGGUGGCCAUAUUGAACUCUCAGCUCCACCCAAUUUCAAAGGCUAAGUUGCUGAGAAACCAGGAGCAAGCUGAACCACAAAGGGAGUUUCUGUGAAGCCUCCUGGCCUCACUCACAAAGUACUCAUUGAGCUCUAGUCUCAGAUCUAUGGCCUCUCUGCUCUGUCCCAUCAGAUGACUAACUAAAUCAAGCAGGUGUGCAGAUUUUGGCCACAAAACAGUGGCCAAUGGAGCCUCAGUAUUUUUGAAGAUGUUAGAGACAUAGUUACACUCUGGUUUUCUUCAGGGGAAAUUCCACAAUCACCACUACAAAUACUGAGAGAUUAUUGAGAAACAGAAACCCACUGCAAUCCCAGUAGAGUAUGUGUCCCAGAAAUGUGGCUGUAAGAUUGAUAUAUGAUUCCUGGGCCAUAGAUCAAGAGCCUGAUCUAAAGAGUUGACCAGAGAGCUGUGGUUGGCUGGCUCUCCCCCUACCCUGGGCUAUACUAAAAUAAUUACAAAGAAUGAACCUCAGCACCAACUCUUUUGUUCUCUGAUUUAAAGAGCAGAAGCUUCAGUGGAAUGAGACUGGCUUGGUCUAGGCUAGAUGGACAGAUAGUCAUUCAGAAAAAGCUAUGGGAAGGGGGUGAUAACUAAAGCGUGGCAACUGUAGGAAAUUCUCUACAUGCCUCAGCCAAUAGGUUAGAGAAACUGGCAAUGAAUGAAACAUAAAUCUUAAACUGACAGUGAUAACAUUUAUUAAGCACCUACUAAGUACAGGAACUUCAUAUACAUUAAUUCAUUUAGUCACUGUAAUAAUCCUGCAAGUGGAUGCUAUACUCCUCAUUUUAUACAUAAAAAAAUAACUGGCUCAAUGUCACACAGAAGAUAAAUAACAGAACUGUGAUUCUAAUGCAGGCCUCUGACUCUGUACCCCAUGCUCUUUUCCCUUUGCUAUACAAAGACCAUGUUACUAGACCUGGCAUGACUCUUUGACUCUUGUCUGCUUAACAAAAUAUCAAAAAGCAAGCAUUUGAGGGGAAGGAGGGUAUGUAGGUCCAAUUUACAGGAGAAUCAAAACUGGACUGAAAGAGAUUUUAGAGUUGUGUUUUCUCCUCAUCUUUGAUAUGCCUAUUCGGUAAUGUUUUUUAAAAAGAUCAUUUAAUUUUGUCUUAUGAAAAUGAAGGAUUGAUUUUUUAGUUGGUAGAUGCCAAGUCCUUGGCUUGGCUGUUUUUCAAAGAAAAAAAAAGCCCUUUUAUGUGUCUAUUACUUUACCAAGUUUCUAGCAUGUGAAGUUUCAGCCCAAGAGAUUGGCAAUAUCCACACAUGCAGUUUGAGAAGUGGAAAUGGUCUUGGUACCUCUGCAGUACUUGAUACUUGGAGUAAAAUCCCUAUAAGGUUUUUUCAUGAGGAUAGCAGAAUGUAAAAGAUGAUCUAGAAUAAUAAAUAUCAUUGAUGUUUUGUUUAAAAAUUUGGAGAGUAUUGUCCACCACUGAGUGGAAAAACUCAGCAUCCAAAUUCAGUAAUAAAGUGUUGUCAAAUAGAGAAUUUUUUUAAGACAUGAUGUGAACGUAACUUUUUUCCCUUUAAAAUGAUUUUUAUUUUUUUCCAUUAUAGCCAAUUUACUCGAAAAUAGAGUAUUUUUAAAAUAAUUUGCUAUCAUGGGAAAGAAUCCUUCCCUUUUCAAGAAGUUCCUUAAUUCUGUAAUAACUACAACAAAUAAAGUAGUAGACA